AUGGCGAUGAGCAGCUCGAAUCUACCCCAACAAGGCCUUCGGUCAGGUAGAGAGAGUGAGGAGGACGCCGGUCUUGUAUCGUAUGAGGGCGAUAAUGCUUCACAUCGACUGGACCUUCCCUCCUACUCGACUGUCGCAGCGGAACGAGCGCCGCUUCAGCUCAAAUCCACCACAUCCUCAAAGGAGGCGCAGUUCGAUGCAGACUCGGACGAUAUCGACGAGCAGGACGAUGUUGUCGCUAUACAAGCAUCUCAGAUAGGGCUGCGAUCGCACGACGAUCCCCUCCUUACCUCGGUAGGCAGCUGUUCGAACCAUCUCCCCCGCAGGGAGCGCGGUGCUCGUCGCCAUUCGCUCAUCGAUCGUAUACCCGGUCAGAAUCGCAUCCGAACUUCUCUCGAUGGCUUGAGCCACGAUCUACGCGCCAUACGCCAAUCCCUUGGUGUGCCUGGCUGGGACGGCGAAGGUCUCCCUGACUGGCUCAAGAGGGGGGCAGGUGUCUUCGAUGGAACCGUCAAUAUGGCAAACAGCAUUCUGGGCGCCGGCAUCGUUGGUCUUCCAUACUCCAUGCGAGAGUCGGGCUUCAUCGCUGGUCUCGUCCUGCUUGUCGGUCUCUCUUUCCUGACCGAUUGGACAAUCCGCCUCAUUGUUCUCAACGCAAAACUCAGCGGCCGCAUCACCUACAUCGAGAUCAUGGAGCAUUGCUUUGGUCACAACGGCAAAGCCGCUGUCUCCAUCUUCCAAUUUGCCUUUGGCUUCGGUGGAAUGUGUGCCUUCUGCGUCGUCAUUGGAGAUACCAUCCCACAUGUCAUCAAGAUGGUCUUUCCCUCCUUGGAUGGAACCUUUCUCGCCAAUCGUCAAUUCGUCAUCACCUUCUUCACCAUGACGGUGUCAUAUCCGCUCUCGCUCUAUCGCAACAUCGAAAAGCUCAGCAAGGCCAGCGCCAUUGCGCUCGUCUCCAUGGUCGUCAUCAUCAUCGCUGUCACCGUUCGUGGCCCAGCGAUGCCCGCCGAGCUGAAGGGCGAUCCCGCUCUUCGAUUGUCCAUCGUCAACGUCUCAAACCUGGUCCGAUCCAUCUCUGUGAUCAGCUUCGCCUUUGUCUGCCACCACAACUCCCUGCUCAUCUAUGGGUCUUUGAAAGAGCCUUCGAUGAGGAAGUUCGGGCGCGUCACACAUUACUCAACCAUCAUCGCCGCAGCGGCCACCAUCACGAUGAGCGUCGCCGGCUACUGGAGCUUCGAGGAAAAGACACUCAGCAACGUCCUCAACAACUUUCCGUACGACGAUAUCACAGUCAACAUCGCCCGCGGACUGUUCGGCCUCAACAUGCUCACCACCUUGCCGCUCGAGUGCUUCGUUUGCCGAGAAGUGCUCGAGACGUACUUCUUUGCUGGAGAGUUCGAUCAGAACCGCCAUCUGAUCUUCACCUCGAGUCUGGUCGUCAGCGCCAUGUUCAUCUCGCUCCUGACGUGCGAUCUGGGCAUCGUACUCGAACUCACCGGUGGCUUGAGUGCAACAGCGUUGGCCUUUAUCUUCCCAAGCAUCUGCUACCUCAAGCUGACGAGCGAGACGGGCAAGCGAGUGCCGACGGCAGACCUGUCUCACCUUACGGGUCACGGGAAUAGCAGCAGCAACCUCAACGCCAACCACGGCACCAUCGCGCACGACGAUUCGCAACAGCACGGAGAGGAGGAACAGGAAGCUCUGAUUGAGCAAUCCAACGGCUCGAUAGACCGGGGCCAGAACGCGAUUCGCGCCAACCAGUAUGACGGUGCAGAAGAGGAAGAGCCUUCGUCGUACGACCGCCUUGAAAGAAUGGAGAACGGCCAAAGAGCCGCAGCGAAUGGAUCUGCGAGGGAUUCUGUCGACGUUGAUGACGUCGAGCUGCCCUUGCGGCCGGGUGCAAGCGUACGCUUCCGACCGGCAGCAGCCAAUCGAAAGUGGUGGCAGUCAACGCGGCCGCUGAGUGUGGCGUGUGCCAUCUUUGGGUCUGUGGUUCUAGUCAUCAGUGUCUGGACGGCCAUCUCGGACACGGCCUCGGGCAAGACCGGCGCAGUGCAUCAAUGCUGA